CGAACUGAACUCCUCGUGGCGCGCAGACGUUCGGAUGUAAUUUGUUAACCCGUUCGCAGUGCGUGGGCACUUUACUUUUUACCGAAAACUCGCGUGCGUGCGUGCAAGAAUGUGAUACUGUGCUAUUUAAGUGCGCUUGUAAUGUAAAUCCGUGAUGUCAAUUACAGAGUGAUCGUGUGGCAUCGAAAAGUGUGUGUAGACACGACUAACGAAAGUAAUAGCAGUUGAUCUGCUCAAUCGGACGGUUGGUGUAACCGCGAACGCAACUCGUGGUGCAUAGUGCAUAGUGCAUCGCCGACCGGGAUCGUCGGUUGCGGUCCCUACCGAGCCAUGGGCUUCUCGUCCGCUCUACAAGGCCGAGCGGCGCACGAUGCGCUGCUCAAUCGGCAGGAAGCGGAACUGAAGCUGCUGGAAACGAUGAAACGGUGUUUGGCGCAAAAGGCAAAGUGCGAUCGAGAGUACGCCGUCUCCCUGGCGGCCGUCACACAGCAAGGGUUGAAGAUUGACCGCUCCGAUGAUCUGCAAGGAAGCCAUGUAAUGCGCGCGUGGCGCAGCUUUAUGGAGGAACUAGAGCACACGGCCAAACAAAUUCGGACCAACGCAGAGCAGCUGGAAACGGUAUGCCACGAGAAGCUGGCCAGCCUUUACCAGGAGAAGCGCCGCGUUCGGAAGCAGUACCAGGAGGAGCACACCAAAAUCGCCACCCAGUUUAGCCAUCUCUCAGAGGACGUUGCCCGAAAGAAAAGUGAAUAUCAGAAACAUUUAGACUACUAUAAGCUGCUUCGCGGACGCUUCGAGGAACAUAUCAAGUCCGGCAGAUCUGGGCGUAAACUGGACGAUGUCAUCGACAAGUACCAGAAAGCCUGCCGGAAGCUACACCAGGCCCACAACGAGUACGUCCUGCUCAUCACCGAAGCGGUCGAGGUGGAGAAAGACUUCCGGACGAUUCUGCUGCCCGGCCUGCUCGAAAAUCAGCAGUCCCUCCAGGAGGGCUUCAUUCAGGCAUGGAGCAACCUGCUGAUGGAGAUUGCCAAGCUAAGCGACACCACGUCCGAUAAGUACGCCGACAUUCAGCGACGCAUCGAGUCGAGCAUAGCGAACAUCAACUCGACCGAGGAGUACCGGGAUUUCACGGAGAAGCAUAAAACCUCACCGACCGCCCCGGUCGUCUUUCAGUUCGACGAAAGCCUCGUCGAGGACAGUCUCGGCAAACUGCAAGCCAACAUGCUCACGGUGGACAACCUCACAGUCGAUUGGCUGCGCAGCCGGCAGACCGAGCUCGAAAGUACGAUCAAGGAGCUGCAGGAGCGCCAAAGCAAACUGUUUGCCGAACCGAACGGUACCGGGGGCGGUGCGUCCGGGUCACCCGCCGCCAGCCCUGUCGGUUCGCCGGCCACCAAACCAUCCACACCGAUUCUGAAUGGCGCACAAAACGGAACCCCCGGGAAGGACCAGCCCAGCAAUAAAUCGUCGAAGGAACUGAGCAACCUGCGCUGUCAAGAACGUCAGACGGUGAAGCUGGUCGACAUGAUCCGGGCUGCGUUGAACGAGGUCGGUUGCGAGGAGCUACCAUCCGGUUGUGACGACCUGUCGGUAGAACACCUUAUCGAGAACAAAAAGUCUGUCAGUCAAGACCUUUCGACCGACUCACAGCACAACGGCGGACCGUUGACAUCGGGAUUUUUCUCACUGCGCACCGGUGGUGGCAAACAUGGGGCUGGUGGUGGUGGUGGUGUUAUGUCUAUGAUAAUCGAUCAGUUGCGUCGCAAAUCGGGACCCCCGGGGCCGCCGGGAUCGGGUGCUGGUACCCACGUGAACGAUUCAACCGGAACGACCCCAGCGCAGACGCCGAAACCGGGGCACCGGUCGACGGCUACGACUGCCGCUACGGUAAAUAGUGCUUGUAGUCCUUCCACUGUUGCGUGUGAGCGUGUGCAAGCUUCUGUGGACGGCUUACCACCGCACGGUACUAACCACUACCAGCAGCUGCCGGUAGACUGUGAGGAAGCUUUCUGCGACGGCAGGCCUCCGAGUCUGAGCGCUUCCGGUGCGGAGCUUUCCGAUCGUGGGGCAUCCGAACGUUCCUCCCAUGGUCAACCAUGCGAUCCCGACAAUCGACUGUCGAACGUGUACGUCGAAAUGGAAGCGUACAACGAUGGUUGGCGUGACAAUCUGGCUCGGGACGAGAGAGAGGAAGCGUGUGCCGCGUAUACUAACAUCAGCAGUGCCGCGCGAUCGGAAGAUCGCUUUGAUUCGAACAACGCUGCGCCCCAUUUCGAUUCUAACCUCAUUAACUCACUCAACUCCGGGAUCGAUGGCAGACAGUAUCGGCGUUUGCGGGCCAAAGCUUGCAGCGAGGACAGUGAGAUGCAUCUGCUAAACCGCAACGAACAGCAGCGAACAGCCUGUGGCCAUGAUGAGGACGACAAUAGUGAUGACGAUGCGACAGCGAAUGACGUCCUGAACGACUCGAAGAAUAAUUUGCUGCGCGAAGAAAGUUACGACGAUGAGCAAGUCGAGGAACCAGUAAACCGGGCCGAGUUGGAAGCAAAGUAUCUGACGAUGAAGAUGGCGCUACCGGAAGCAGCGAAUGGGGAGAGCAACAGCAGCAGCAGUGGCCACUGGAAAUCCUCCAUCGAACAGCAUCUCGAUAUUAUCGACGCGCUGAACGUGAAGCUCGAUGAGCAUCAGCGUUUAUCGGCACGGCUCUCGGAGCACUACGAGUACAUCCGCGUCCUGCGUACCGAAGAAGAGUUGCUGCCCGUACCGAAACCAGCCGCCAGCGGUUUCGAAAAGGCUAACAGUUUUCGUGACAAGAUCAAACUCCGCAUAAAGGGAUCGAAGGCCGCCACAGGAGAGUUGGAAGUGUUACAGCGAACAGGUACGCCCGAUAAGGCUACGGCCAACGGCGAGAGCUUCUCCGGACGACUGCGAAAUCGGAUGGCGGCACACGCCGGUCAACGGCAGUUUCGGUUGAUGCGGGAAACCGGUUCGGCAAGCCCAUCGACCGACCGCAGCACAAUGGCGGAGCAUGCAACGUUGAACCGAACCGUCGCCAGCAGCGGUCAGAAGAAAAAGAAACGCAAGUCGUCCAAAGCGAACCGUGCUCAUCGACAGCAUCAUUCCAGGAACGAGAAGAAGCGCCACGAUCACCAGCAGCAGCAGCAGCAGCAUCAGUUGCACCCUCCAAAUGCAUUUUCGGAAGACGAACUGCUGGCCGACGAGCUGCAACCGGGAGUGUCGCCUGACCACGCAACGAAACCGGCCGGCUCGUCCUUUUCGGCCACGGUACGCGCCACCUGGCGCGAACUCUUACACUCGACCAACAAGGUGAAGGAUUCGUCCAUCAAUCUCGCCCAGCGUCAGACACAGCGUCCCGAGGAGAAGCUAGAUCUGAUCGCAGACCAGGAACGUCCCGGCUUACUGGCCAUUAGAUUUACCUUCUCCGACGAUCCGCCCGUACGGUCUGAUUCGAUCGGGCACGGAGCCGAAACUAUGGGUGGAGAAUAUUGUGUGCCGUUGCUGCUUUCACCGCAACCGGCCGAAUGCUCGACGCCCAUCCGUGCAUCCGGUGACACAACGACACCAUCGCACCCAGAUCUCCACGGUCUCCGUGCUGCUCCCGAUUCGAGUAGUAAACCCAGCACGAGCUUUAAAACUAAUCUGAAAGAAAAGUUUACCAAAUUAGUGCAUAAGAAGGUGAACGGGGCAGGAUUUGGGACGGGCCGGAACAUCCCGACGGUGAGCGCUUCCGGGCAGCGACACCCAGCGCGUCAACGGCAGCCAACGGGAGAGGUUUGCCGAACGUGCUCGAAGCGCAUCGUUCGUCCUGGCACCACCAUCCAUCCGAGCCGGACGGUGUUGGAUUUUGCGAAGGAAUUUCCGGAACUCGACAUUUGCAACGGGUGCUAUGGCGACGGCGCGGACGCUAGCUGGGCAGAGGCGGAGCUCGCGGCAAUCGCAGUACAGGAGUGGUCCCUGUCCGAGAUGAUCAAUCUCGAGUACGAAGAUAUCGAUGUGCUAACGAUUAAGCCCCACAAACUAACCGACUAUUGUGAAGGUGUUGUUGGUAUGACGCUGUCCACGAAUCGUCCGUUGCAUGAAGAGGAAUGGUUUCACGGUGUAUUACCGCGGGAAGAAGUAGUUCGACUGCUUCGAAAUGAGGGUGACUUUUUGGUACGAGAGACUACACGGAACGACGAAAGCCAAACCGUACUCAGUGUCUGCUGGAACGGGCACAAACACUUUAUUGUACAGACAACAGCGGAAGGACACUAUCGCUUCGAAGGACCUGCGUUCCCGAGCAUACAGGAGCUGAUCGUGCACCAGUAUCAAUCGGAGCUGCCGGUGACGGGUCGUUCAGGUGCAGUACUGCGUAAGCCGGUGCUACGCGAGCGCUGGGAGCUCAGCAACGAUGACGUGAUUCUGCUGGACAAGAUCGGUCGCGGAAACUUCGGCGACGUGUACAAAGCUAAACUAAAGUCGUCCAAAAACACGUUGGUUGCGGUAAAGACGUGCCGGAUGACGCUGCCGGAGGAACAAAAGCGUAAAUUUCUUCAAGAGGGUCGCAUAUUGAAGCAGUACGAUCAUCCCAACAUUGUCAAGCUGAUCGGUAUUUGCGUGCAGAAACAACCGAUCAUGAUUGUCAUGGAACUGGUGGCCGGGGGUUCACUGUUGAUGUUCUUGCGCAAAAACGCUACCACGCUUGGCCAACGGCAGCUAAUGGGAAUGUGUCGAGAUGCAGCCGCCGGCAUGAGGUACUUGGAAUCGAAGAACUGCAUACACCGGGAUCUUGCCGCUCGAAACUGUCUGAUAGGAAGCGAGAAUAUAGUAAAAAUUUCCGACUUUGGAAUGUCCCGCGAGGAAGAAGAAUACAUCGUAUCCGGCGGCAUGAAACAAAUCCCGAUCAAGUGGACCGCACCGGAGGCGCUGAAUUUUGGCAAAUACACAACCUUAUGCGAUGUCUGGUCGUACGGGAUUCUAGUGUGGGAAAUUUUCAGUCGCGGCGACACGCCCUACUCGGGCAUGAGCAACUCGAAUGCACGCGAGCGAAUCGACGAAGGCUACCGGAUGCCUGCGCCGGAAGGUGCUCCGCCCGAGAUGUACCGGCUCAUGCUGAAGUGCUGGAUGUACGAACCGGAAAGUCGACCACACUUUGACGAAAUCUAUACCGUCGUCGAUGCACUGUUGCUUUGCCCCAAGGACUGACCGAUGGCAUGCGGUGGUGGACCGUGGACGAAAGAGGACUCCGUUGUCGAAUGGUCGGCAACUAGCAAACUGUGGAAUACGAUAUUACAGCGAUUGUUCAAUGCUGCCAACUUUUAAUCAGGGCCAAGUGGAGCUUCUAUGCAGGCCAUCCCCAGCUUCCUUACUAUUUGUUCCUCAUAUUUGCCGCUUUGCGAAACGAAACAAAAAAUAGUUUAAAAAGUAAGUAAAACAAUAUCAAAACCAAAUGGCUCUUCAACAAGGCAUUCUGCACAGAAAAAGUAAUCAAAAGCGCAAAACUAACGAUAAAAACAAUAUGAACAUUUGGCAUCAUAUCGAAAAUCAAAGAGAGGAAAACGAAACCUAAGUAAAAAAGAUCGGGAUGGUAACGUGUUGCAAAAAGUGCUUCCAUAAGUGUGACAGAGCUAAUGUAGGAAAGUAAACAGGAAAGAGGGCAACGGAAAAGUUAGAAACAUUAAGUUGAUACCUAGAAAAUUGUGUCGACAGCCGUAUUUCUACGUGUGGGCUGUUCAGUUGUAAAGUAACUAUGCAGACAGAGAACUGUAUAAGUAUCACUAUUUAGAGACAGCAAUAGUUAUUAGAAUUUAGCGAAUGAUUGCGAAUGUUCGGAAUGAUUGCUUUUCCGAAAGUUCGGAAAGGCGAAUGAUUGCGUUGGCAAAUAAAACGGAUGAAGAAGUGCACUUCGUAUGACCGCGCCAACGAUGAACAGAAGAACACAGUGAAUAACUCGGUUUAAGGGAUUUAUAUGGGGUAAUGCAUAUGAACGCAUAUGCAAUAAAUGUGUGAUAGAUAUUAGGCCGGCAAGAUGGUAGUGCGCGGGAAUUGAAUGCUGGGAUAGCGAUAGAAGGAAGCACUUUAUGCAAUCGUAUGAUAAGACAACCAGCUCUUUCUCCUCGAAACAUAUUCUCAAUCAAAUUUUUGUGCUUCAACAAGAAGUUGAUUUACUGUAUUUAUUUUGUAUUGUUUUGACACUGUAUAAACUUUGCAGCAGAAUGAUCACAAAUGGACUCUUGCUACGCUCCAACAGUUGUGCUGUGUGCCAUCGGACGUCGAGAAGUAGAAACACAAACAAGGUUCACUAAAUUUUCCAACUUCCAAAAUGGCGAACGAACAGGGAUACGCGUGAUCGCAACGGUUAACAUGAAGGUUUCUUGUUCUCUAAUUCUACAAAAAAGAAGGCAGCUUAGCUUUUAAACAAUUACAUAUAAGCGUAUGAUACACGACAAAUUAUCCAUUGAUCUGCCUAGUUUGUACGCACAAAAUCAUACUUGCAUAAAAAAAGUAACGGGGUUUUGCCAAACACUAGACCACAUUUCUGCCUGCCGACUCUUAUACACCGGGUGCCGAACUAGCCGAACUAGCUAGGAACAUU